AUGCCAAAGAUCUAUGUUUGCUCUACUGGGGGGCCUGGCUGCAGCCAAACUUUUGACAGGCACGUCGACCUCAAGAGACACGAAGCCAUACAUCCAAAAAAUAAGUACAUCUGCACCUGGCCUGGGUGUAACUUUGCGACACUGAUUAAAAAAAGCUAUGACAUCCAUUCCGAUAAACAUGCGGGCGAGCAACGCCACAACUGUCCUCACGAUGAUUGUGACUUUAAAACCCACAAUCCUUCCCUGCUCACGGCCCACUGCAAAAACAUACAUAAGCAUGUUCCUUUGCCGCGCAGUCAAGUUGUAUGCCCUGUAAUAGGAUCAUACAAGGCCCACUCGUCGUCCCAGCCUACAGUACAGUCGCUCCCCCCUGCACAGCUCCUGCCCUUUGGCUACCCAUACGAACCCCAAGUCAUGCAACCGGAGCCUAUGCCACCCCGACCCAUGCAAUUCCACCCCGCCCAAUACCAACACCAACCCGAACCCACUCAAUACGAAGCCCAAGUCAUGCAACCCAUGCCCAUGCAAUUUAACCCCGCCCAAUACCAAUACCAACUCGAACUUGCUUGUUACAAACCUCGAGUCAUGGAACCGGAACCCAUAUCACCCCGACCCAUGCAAUUCCAUCCUACCCAAUACCAACCCGAGCUUGCUCAAUAUGAACCCCAAGUCGUGGAACCGGAACCCAUUCCACCCUGA